CUGAUCGCGACCGUGCAGGAUCGCAGCUCCCGCUACCGUCUUAACCAAGCAAGGCCCCUCCCAAGCUCCCUCAAAUUUCACCUUCACCUCUUUCGUGCUCUCUGCAAAUUCCGAUCUUCGCUUUCGGAGCUCAGAAAAUCCGUCAAUCAUGGUGCUCGAGGCGACGAUGAUAUGUAUCGACAACUCGGAGUGGAUGCGCAAUGGCGACUACACCCCCAACAGGUUCCAAGCGCAGGCGGACGCCGUCAACCUCAUCUGCGGCGCCAAGACGCAGUCGAAUCCGGAGAACACUGUUGGAGUCCUAACUAUGGCGGGGAAAGGAGUUCGAGUCUUGGUUACUCCGACUAGUGACCUUGGCAAGAUAUUGGCUUGUAUGCACGGCCUGGAAAUUGGCGGUGAGAUGAAUCUGGCUGCGGGAAUCCAGGUGGCUCAAUUGGCACUAAAGCAUCGCCAAAAUAAAAAGCAGCAACAACGAAUUAUAGUCUUUGCUGGAAGUCCCAUCAAACAUGACAAGAAGUCACUGGAGAUGAUUGGAAGGAAGUUAAAGAAGAACAGUGUAGCACUUGAUAUUGUCGACUUUGGGGAAGAAGAUGAAGGGAAACCUGAGAAAUUGGAGGCUCUGCUUGCUGCUGUGAAUAAUAACGACACCAGUCACAUUGUUCAUGUUCCUUCUGGUCCAAAUGCUCUUUCUGAUGUUCUGAUAAGCACUCCUAUCUUUACUGGGGAUGGGGAAGGUGGAAGUGGUUUUGCGGCAUCGGCUGCAGCAGCUGCUGCUGGUGCUGUCGCUGGUUUUGAUCUUGGUGUUGAUCCCAGUCUGGAUCCUGAGCUGGCCCUUGCUCUUAGAGUUUCCAUGGAAGAGGAAAGAGCGAGGCAAGAAGCAGCAGCUAAGAAGGCUGCUGAGGAUGCUGCUAAGCAGGAGAAAGGAGGAGAACAACAGCCAUCAUCACAAGAUGCAACCAUGACUGAAGGUGCCAGUGGUUCAGCUUCUGAAGUGGAUAACAAAAAAGAUGAUUUAAUGGAUGACGAAAAUGCUUUGCUACAGCAGGCCCUUGCUAUGUCGAUGGAUGAUACCACCUCUGGCCAUGAUCUGCGAGACACUGACAUGUCAGAGGCAGCUACAGAUGAUCCGGAUUUGGCUCUAGCUCUUCAAUUGUCGGUCCAGGACAGUGACAAAGAUUCAUCAGGCCAGACAGAUAUGAGCAAGUUGUUGGCGGACCAAUCCUUUGUGUCAUCUAUUAUUGCAUCGCUUCCUGGAGUGGAUCCAAACGAUCCUUCUGUCAAGGAUUUGCUUGCUUCCAUGCAAAACCAAUCUCAGAAAAAGGAUGAAGACAAGGGGCCAAAUGAAGAGGAGAAGCAGUGAUUUCUGUAGUUAUUAUUUUUCUUUCAGGUUAGUGAUCCUUCCUCUGGAGCCAUAGAAGUGCAUGUUCACAUGGGAAGAAUUCAAGAGGGCAAAGAGAGCCGAAAAGUAGUUACAAAGUCAAGCUGACAACUUUUAUGGGGUUAUUGAACAUUGAGCUUGGCUCUGUAGUUUGCUAGGGGUUUAAAGCUUUCUGGAACUUUUAUGUUGUGCUAUUUCACCCCCCUUUUAAUCUCUUUACAAAAGCAGUUCAUUACAGAAAUUGGAUGUCAAUAUUUUAAAUGAUCAUGCUUUGUCUGAGUGCUAUUUCAUUGAUAUUUGAGAUUUUUUAA